GCAGCAGUGUUGGGAUGGUUCGUCUUUUCGUACUCGUAGGGAAAGCGGCCAGCCUCACACCCCAAAGUGGAUAGUGAGGUUGCAACUUUCCCCAGGAUUGCAUCAACAGAAGCCCAGAUAGCACGUACCAAUGGCAAGAUGGGUUCUGCCUCUCGCUGAGUCAUCACGGGUGGGUCGCGUCAGCAGAUUACCCAUGAGCUUGCCUCAGCUACGGCUGUUCGCUCUCUUUCAGCCACCACUCCAUCACGAAACCGAUCUGGCCAUGGAGCAAAAUCUCGAAGACGAACGCAGGCGAUUAGAUGAACGAGUCGCGCAGCUGCAAGCCGAGCUUGAAAAAGCACAGCAAGAAGCGACAAGCCUUACGAAAGCGCAAGAGACCAUUGACCUACUCACGAGAAGGGUGAACAAAGUGGACAGACUACCAAGACAGUUUGCGCAGACGUGCUCCCAUAUCGAUAUUCGACAAACCGAAAUCGAGGCUCUAGUAAAACACAAGUCUUCACUGUCGGCAGCAGUUGGACUGCUUGAUACGCAGGAGAUACACGUGAACUGGUAUAGGUGCUUCGAAGAAUGGAAAAAUUCUCCUGAUCCCAAAUAUCUUGGAGAUUACUUCAAGGAGACUGCAAAUGCCAUCAUUUCCCUCAACGGGCUAAAAGAACUGGACGAGGGCCCAAGCGAGACGGUGUUGGUCCAGAACCAUAGCGACAAUUAUUCCCAAAAAAGAAGACGUGGUUACGCAGAGGAAACUAGCGUCUCCGAUCGAGAGACGCUUACACCGGAUACCGAUAAUCCCGGUAUCUCGAUCGCAUGUACUGACAUCAAUCUUCAACAUCAACAAGCCACACCUACAUAUAUCGACUAUACCUUCGCCUACAUGUUCAAGACGGAGAAGAUGUUUAGCAUGUUCUCAGAAUCCUUCAUGGAUCGAAUUCAGAGGCUUGCGACGUGGGGCACGGAGAGGACAACGUCGUGCAUCCGGGCACACAUCUCAGGGAAACAGAUGGAGUUUGUGUUUGACUGGGAACUCCCAACCGCCCCUCCUGUGGAAGAGAUAUUUAGCGGACCAUCUCAGGCAACAGUGAAUAUCAAGCACGCCACGCAGCUGUGCCUCCGUGUACCAUACGAAGAAGGGCAAUAUAUGCUCAACUGUAUGACCCCCGAGUUUACGCUUCCAACUCAAAUUUGACAAAUAGCUCGAAUAUCUUGACCUCAGUCCCAGCUGCUACCUCCUUCGUCCCGCCCUUAUCCAGCUCCUCCUUGCCAAGUAUUUUACCAUCGAUUUCUAUUUUGCCUCGGC